GGUUAAUUUCUUAGUUAGCAUUAGACACACCUAUUUUUAGUAUGAAAUUGAUCAUCAAGUGAGGUUCGAUAAUGGCAGAACAGGUUAGUGAAGAACAAACCCGACAGAAAGAGCUGAAUGACAUGAGUCAAAACAAGUCAAAUGACAGGAGAGUAACGGUAGAAGACGAAAAUUCGGAAGGAGAUAAAAGUGAUAGCAAAAAUGAUACGACUAGUUUUUUCGCUUCAACAGGUGAAACUGUUGAAGUAGCAAUUUCUACAAAAAAGAUAAAGAAUAAUCCUAAUCCUAAUACUGGAUCGAAGAAAGAUAACGGCGAUGAUCCCUAUGAUCCGUCUAGACCAAUAACACAUCGUGUAGAAAUGGCUGUUAAGAAAUUCAGAAAGGAGCAUGUAUCCGAAACUCUGCGAAAUCAGUUGUUAAAUUCAUAUCUAACUUUUGGCGGAGUCAACAUAAAUAAAAAACAAUCCGAAGCCAAUGGAAUAGAUAUAGCAGAUGUAGAAGACAUAGAAGUAGAUUUUACGUAUAAUGUCUGCGUCUAUUUGUCUGGCUUUUUGAUAGACAAAUCUGGUUAUGUUCAAAUGAAUAUUUUCAGGGAAGCACCUCGAGUUGUUAUUUUAUUUUUAAAUUAUUUAUUUGAAAAUAAAGUAUGUCCAGAAUAUGAAGAUGAUAUACAAGAGGCAUUGCGAAUCGCUCAUAAAGCAAAAUAUGAAUUACCAAACUGUAAAGAACUUGACUUUAAUGCGCCAGGAAAAUUCAACAAAGCAUGUUCUUUGUUAUUCGGGGGAGAGUUGUAUGGAGCGUUCGACGAUCCUUUUUGUGAAGAAGAAUUAGCAGCGUCAAUGAUUGGAAUUUCAAAAGAGGAGGGAAAACAGCUUAUUGAAAAAGUAUUUGACGUUAACGAAUUGAAAGAAUUGAGACAAGUGAAAGAAGAUUCUAGGUACAAUUUGGCAUGUGAAAUUAUUGAGGUUGAGCCUUUUCAAGCAAACAUUUCAAAUGCUGAAAGCUCUAAUUCCGAAACCCAAAAAGUUAAUGGUGAAUCAUCUGAUCCCAAUAACAACAUGCAAGUUAUCGAUGAAACAAAUCUUAAGAAAAUAAUGUUACGUGAACGUAAUGUUGCCAACAUAGAACCCUUUUAUAUCAGGGAAUGUUCUUAUGUAACGAAUUAUGCAAUACCUGGAAUUCUCAUCACUGCAGAUUUUCAUAAAUUGUCUAAUGGGUUUUGGUAUUGGGAUAACAUAACAAACGUAUACCCUUCAUAUUACCUCGCAUGUCCUGAUGACGAUGAUUGAAGUAAUUUUUCAUUAAAAGAUGGACUAAAUACUUAAAAUCCACACAAUUAUCAUAAUUUACAAUUUCCCAUGAUGCUGCUGCCCCACUUUAUUUAUUUCUUCAAAAAUCUAAUACACAUUAAAUCGUUUUCCAAAGCAAAGCGAAGGACAUUAAUUAGAGUGAAU